CAAGCACGAGGCCAACCAGAGAGGAGCAGACAGGCGCACGGGUCUGAUCGCUCCUGGUCCUGCAGCCAUGCGGCUCCUCUGGGGCCUGAUCUGGGCGUCCAGCUUCGCCUUGUCUCUGCAGGAGCCCAGGUUGCUCCUGUUUUCUCCUUCCGUGGUUCACCUGGGGGCCCCCCUGUCGGUGGGGCUCCAGCUCCAGGAUGCUCCUCGGGGACAGGAAGUGAGAGGGUUCGUGUUCCUGAGAAACCCGUCCCAUCACAAUGCCCCCUGCUCCCCGAAGGUGGACUUCCUCCUCACCUCGGAGCAGGACUUCGUUCUCCGCAGCCUCCAGAUACUCCCCAACGGUGCCGACAGCUGUGGCCUCAGAAGCCUCCGAGGAGGCCCCAAGAUCCAGCUGGUGGCCCAGUCACCAUGGCUGAAGAGCUCUCUGUCCAAAGAUGUGGACACUCAGGGCAUCAACCUGCUCUUCUCCUCUCGCCGGGGGCACCUUUUCCUGCAGACGGACCAGCCCAUUUAUAACCCUGGCCAGCGGGUUCGGUACCGGGUCUUUGCUCUGGAUCAAAAGAUGCGCCCAUCCACAGACAGCCUCACAGUCACCGUGGAGAACUCUCAGGGCCUCCUUGUGCGGAAGAGGCAGGUGUACGCUCCCUCAUCCAUCUUCCAGGAUGACUUUGUGAUCCCGGACAUCUCAGAGCCAGGGACCUGGAAGAUCUCGGCCAGAUUCUCGGACAGCCCGGACUCCAACCACAGCACCCAGUUCGAGGUGAAGAAGUAUGUCCUUCCCAACUUUGAGGUGAAGAUCAUCCCUGGGGAGCCCUACAUCCUGACGGCAGCGGGCGUUCUCGGUGACAUCCAGUUAGACAUCCAGGCCAGGUACAUCUAUGGGAAGCCGGUGCAGGGGGUGGCGUACGUGCGCUUUGGGCUCCUGGAUGAGAAUGGUGACAAGACUUUCCUUCGGGGACUGGAGAAUCAGACCAAGCUGGCGGAGGGCCAGUGCCACAUCUCCCUCACGAAGGCUGCGGUCCAGGGCGCCCUGGGGAAGCUUGGCGUCCAGCCGGCUGACCUCCCGGGGCUGCGCCUCUACGUGGCGGCGGCCGUCAUUGAGUCUCCAGGGGGAGAGCUGGAGGAGGCCGAGCUCACAUCCUGGCGUUUCGUGUCAUCUCCCUUCUCCUUGGACCUUCGCCACACCAAGCGACACCUUGUGCCUGGGGCCCCCUUUCUGCUGCAGGCGCUGGUCCGAGACAUGUCAGGCUCCCCCGCCUCUGACAUUCCUGUCAAAGUUGCUGCCAAGUUCUCUCCGGGAUCUGCUUCUGAAAUACAUGAUCAGCGAAACACAGAUGGGCGCGGCCAAGUCCUCAUCUCCAUCAAUGUCCCUCAGACCACCUCGGAAGUGCAGCUCUCGGUAUCUGCGGGCUCCCCCUAUCCAGCCACAGCCCAGCUCACUGUGAGAGCCCCACCCGCCGGAAGCUCGGGGUUCCUGUCCCUGGAACGGCUGGAUUCUCAACCCCCUCGAGUUGGGGACACUUUCCGCCUGAACCUGCGAGCCGUGGGCGUCCGUGGGGCCAGCUUCUCUCAUUACUACUACAUGGUCCUGUCCGGGGGACAGAUCGUGUCUGUGGGCCGAGAACCCAGGGGCGCCCUGACCUCGGUCUCCGUGUUUGUGAACCACCGCCUGGCGCCCUCCUUCUACUUUGUGGCCUUCUACUACCACGGGGGCAGCCCAGUGGCCAACUCCCUGCGGGUGGACGUCCAGGCUGGGGCCUGUGAGGGCAAGCUGGAGCUGAGGGUGGACAAGCACAAGGACUAUCAGCCUGGGGAGAUGCUGAAGCUCCAGCUGCACACGGACUCCACGGCCCUGGUGGCCCUGGGGGCUGUGGACAUGGCUCUGUACGCUGCGGGCGGCAAGGCCCACAAGCCCCUGGACAUGGGCAAGGUCUUCGAAGUCAUGAGCAGCUACGACCUCGGGUGUGGUCCUGGGGGCGGGGACAGCGCCCUGCAGGUGUUUGAGGCGGCUGGGCUGGCCUUUUCUGACGGACACCGAUUGACUUCGACCAGAAAUAGUCUGAGUUGUCCCAAGGAGCAGAAAACCCGGAAAAAGAGAAACGUGAACUUCCAGAAAGCAAUUAGUGAGAAGUUGGGCCAGUACACUUCCCCAGAGGCCAGGCGCUGCUGCACGGCACGGGCAGGGGGCCUGGGCGGGCAGAGCCCUCCUCACCGUGCCGUGUGGCCCCCAGCCCUGGAGGUCCUGCAGGAGGAGGACCUGAUGGAGGAAGACGAAAUUCCAGUGCGCAGCUUCUUCCCGGAGAACUGGCUCUGGAGGGUGGAGACCGUGGACCGCUACCUCCAGUUGUCGCAGCUGCCGAUCCCUGACUCUCUGACCACCUGGGAGAUCCACGGCGUGAGCCUGUCCAAAACGACAGGCCUGUGUGUGGCCACACCAGUCCGGCUCCGAGUGUUCCGUGAAUUCCACCUGCACCUCCGCCUGCCCAUCUCCGUUCGCCGCUUUGAGCAGCUCGAGCUGCGGCCUGUCCUGUACAACUACCUGGACACCGAUCUGACCCUGAGCGUCCACGUGGCCCCGGUGGACGGGCUGUGCCUGGCUGGGGGCGGAGGGCUGGCCCAGCAGGUGCAGGUGCCUGCACACUCUGCCCGGCCCGUUGGCUUCUCUGUGGUGCCCACGGCGGCCGCCGCUGUAUCCCUGAAGGUGGUGGCUCGAGGGUCCAUGGAGUUUCCUGUAGGGGACGCAGUGUCUAAGAUUCUAAAAAUUGAGAAGGAAGGUGCCAUCCACAUGGAGGAGCUGGUGUAUGAGCUCAACCCCCUGGACCACCGAGGCCGGACCCUGGAAAUUCCUGGCAACUCUGAUCCCAAUAUUAUCCCCGAUGGAGACCACAGCAGCUUUGUCAGGGUCACAGCCUCAAGUCCACUGGACACCCUGGGCUCCGGGGGGGCCUUGUCAGCAGGAGGCGUGGCCUCCCUCCUGAGGCUGCCACGGGGCUGCGGGGAGCAAACCAUGAUCUUCUUGGCUCCGACCCUGGCUGCUUCCCGCUACCUGGACAAGACGGAGCAAUGGAGCAGGCUGCCCCCGGAGACCAAGGACCACGCGGUGGACCUGGUCCAGAAAGGGUACAUGCGGAUCCAGCAGUUCCGGAAAGCGGACGGCUCCUAUGGGGCGUGGCUACAUCGGGACAGCAGCACCUGGCUCACAGCCUUUGUGUUGAAGGUACUGAGUUUGGCCCAGGAGCAGGUGGACGAUUCACCAGAAAAGCUGCAGGAGACGGCCAAGUGGCUGCUGUCCCAGCAGCAGGCCGACGGUUCCUUCCGGGACCCCUGCCCGGUUAUCCACAGGGGCAUGCAGGGCGGCUUGGUAGGCAAUGACGAGACGGUGGCCCUGACGGCCUUUGUGGUCAUCGCCCUUCAUCACGGGCUGGCCGUCUUCCAGGACGGGAGGGCAGAGCAGCUGAAGCAGAGAGUGGAAACUUCCAUCUCGAACGCAAACUCAUUUUUGGGGGCGAAAGCAAGUGCUGGGCUCCUGGGUGCCCACGCAGCCGCCAUCACGGCCUACGCACUGACACUGAGCAAGGCCCCCGAGGACCUGCAGAACGUGGCCCACAACAACCUCAUGGCCAUGGCCCAGGAGACAGGCGAUAAGCUGUACUGGGGCUCGGUCAUCAAUUCUCAGAGCAACGUCGUGUCGCCCACGCCGGCUCCUCGCAGCCCGGCAGACCCCGUGCCCCAGGCCCCGGCCCUGUGGAUUGAGACCACAGCCUACGGCCUGCUGCACCUGCUGCUCCGGGAGGGCCGGGCAGAGAUGGCGGACCAGGUCGCAGCCUGGCUCACCCACCAGGGCAGCUUCCAGGGGGGAUUCCGCAGCACCCAGGACACGGUGAUCGCCCUGGACGCGCUGUCUGCCUACUGGAUCGCCUCCCACACUGCCGAGGACAGGGGGCUCAACGUGACCAUCAGCUCCCAGGGCCGAAAUGGGUUCAAGUCCCACGUGCUGCAGCUGAGCAACCACCAAGCUCAGGGGGUGGAGGAGGAGCUGCAGGUGACCACACCCUCACCUGGGCGGCAGGACACCUGGGGAGAUGGGAAGGGCCCAGGCCUCAAAGUCCUCCGUACCUACAACGUCCUGGACAUGCAGAACACGACCUGCCAGGAUCUCCAGAUCGAGGUGACGGUGCUGGGCCACGUGGAGUACACCAUGGCAGCCGAGGAGGACUACCCGGACUACUAUGACUACCAGAGCCAGGGUGACUCCGCGAGUCUGGGCCUCGCCGGAGACGACCCGGGGGCCCUUUCCCAGCCCGUGACACCCCUGCAGCUGUUUGAGGGGCGGAGGAGCCGCCGCAGAAGGGAGGUGCCCAAGGUGGCCGAGGAGCAGGAGGCCCGAGUGCAGUACACCGUGUGCAUCUGGGGCUACAGGAUGAAGUUCGCCUGCUACUACCCCCGCGUGGACUACGGCUUCCAGGUUAAGGUUCUCCGAGAAGAUUCCAGAGCUGCCUUCCGCCUCUUCGAGACGAGUGUCGUCCAAGUGCUGCACUUCUCCAAGGAUGCCCAGGCCGCUGCUGGUCAGACCCGGAACUUUCUGGUUCGAGCCUCUUGCCGCCUUCGCUUGGAACCCGGGAAAGAAUAUUUGAUUAUGGGUCUGGACGGGACCACCCACGACCUCAAGGGACAACCCCAGUACCUGCUGGACUCGAACAGCUGGAUCGAGGAGAUGCCUUCUGACCGCUUGUGCCGGAGCACCCGCCAGCGGGCAGCCUGCGCCCAGCUCCGCGCCUUCCUGCAGGAGUACGGCACUCAGGGCUGCCAGGUGUAGGGCUGCUCACCCCGACCCCGGGAGGGGCCCAGGGCUGGGCCCGAGACUCAAUAAAGACCUUACACAGCCACG